AUGUACAAGCUCGCCCGCUGCCGGUCGCUGGCCAGCGCCCUCCGAGCUACCGCGGAGAAGCCACUGAAGCGCUCUGUGGUACAGCAGAGUCGUGCGCUGUCAAUACACGAAUACAGGUCUGCGAGCCUGCUGAAGACGUACGGCAUUGGGGUUCCUAGCGGCAGCGUUGCUACGAACGCGGAGGAGGCAGAGAAGGUGGCUAAAGGGAUUGGCGGAGACGACAUGGUGAUCAAGGCCCAGGUGCUCGCAGGCGGCCGCGGGAAGGGAACCUUCGACAAUGGCUUCAAGGGCGGCGUCAGAGUUGUCUACAGCCCCCGGGAAGCCUCAAUCCUCGCCGACCAAAUGAUCGGCCACAAGCUCAUCACCAAACAGACCGGAGCCGCCGGCCGGCUCUGCAACGCCGUUUACAUCGUCGAGCGCAAAUUCGCACGCCGGGAGUUCUAUCUCGCCGUCCUCAUGGACCGAGCAUCGCAAGGCCCUGUCAUCGUUGCUUCAUCACAAGGUGGCAUGGACAUUGAAACCGUGGCCAAGGAACACCCGGAGGCCAUAAUCACGACAUAUGUGGAUAUCCACAAGGGCGUGACCGAUGACAUGGCUCGCAACAUCGCGACGGAGCUCGGGUUCUCGGAGCAGUGCAUUGAGGAUGCCAAGGACACGAUCCAGAAGCUUUACAAGGUCUUCAUGGAGCGCGAUGCUACGCAAAUUGAGAUCAAUCCUCUAUCCGAGACGACGGACCACCAGGUUCUUGCUAUGGACGCCAAACUUAACUUCGACGACAACGCCGAGUUCCGCCAAAAGGAGGUCUUCAGCUGGAGAGAUAUUACGCAGGAAGACGCCGAUGAAGUCAAGGCCGGCGAGUGGGGCCUGAACUUCAUUAAGUUAGACGGUGAUAUUGGAUGUCUUGUCAACGGCGCCGGUUUGGCCAUGGCCACAAUGGACAUCAUCAAACUGAAUGGCGGGCAACCAGCGAACUUCUUGGACGUGGGCGGUGGAGCCACUCCCGAGGCUAUCAAGCAGGCUUUCGACCUCAUCACCAGCGACCCCAAAGUCACCGCCAUCUUCGUCAACAUCUUCGGAGGCAUCGUUAGAUGCGAUGCUAUUGCCAAGGGGCUGAUCUCUGUAGUCGAAAGCAUGAAUUUGAGGACUCCAGUAAUCGCACGUUUGCAGGGCACCAACAUGGAGCAAGCACACAAACUGAUCAACGAAUCCGGCCUCAAAAUCUUCUCCAUUGACGACCUCCAGUCCGCCGCCGAGAAAUCCGUCCAGUUCUCGAAGGUCGUCAAAAUGGCUCGCGAUAUUGACGUCGGUGUCGAAUUCACUCUUGGCAUCUGA